AACCCCCCCACACACACACAUCCCCGCUCUAGGAGUGGCUGGGGACUUCCCCCUGCUGAGCGACCCACAGGAUAAAUACUUCCUCCCCGAGCGGCUCCGGGCAGACAGCCCAGCCUGACAGGAUGGACCCAGCCGCAGCCCGCAGACGUCUAGGUGUGAUGGGAGCUGUUCCCUGGCUCCCUCUAGUCCUCCUCUGCGGCUGCAGCCACUUCCAGAGCUCAGAUGCGGCUUCCAGCCUUCGCCCAGAGAUCAUCAGCCCCCUGAAGCCCGUGAAAAGUCCCACCCUAGGGAAACGCUUCAGUGUCACCUGCCAGGCUCAGAGCUCCUUCCCGAGGAUGACCCUCAUCUACUGGCUGGCAAACGGCUCCUUCGUGGAGGACCGGUACCCGGACGGGGCAGUGAGCAAAGGGGACGUCGUAAGGGAGCUCCGGGGCCCCAAGGUCCUCCUGACCCGGGAGCUGCACUUCCGCUCCUUCUCCUGGAGGGACUGGAGCACCUCGUUCCUGUGCAUGGUGAGGAACCCGGCCGGGCUCGAAAAGGUGCUUGUCCACUGGGACCCUGAACGGCCAGCACAGAUCUUCGAGCCGCAGCAGGAGACAAGGCAGGAUGUCCAGACCCCAGAGAGCACCCCUGCCAUGGACCGGUGA